GCCAUGUGAACACAGUGACUGCACCUGGACUCAAAGUGAAGUAUGUUGAGCCUCGACAGGCUCACACAUAUAAACAGGCAGGGACAGGUGGUAACCGGAGAACACCGAGAUUGUGCUUUCAUUUUAAGUUUUAUGUGCGCGAGGCAGUGUUGGUUAGCCCACCCCGAGCACCCCCCGUGUUGCGUAAAAAGUUAGUUUUUAUAUCUUAAUAUCCUAAUAUCAUCAAAUAUCUACUGACGAGAAAAAUAAAAUGUCUUUCGCAAACCUGUUCACGAGACUGUCUGCUGUCGACGGGGAUGUGACUAGUCCUGGUCCAACAUCCGUUACACACAGGAACGAGAGUGUUGAUGGUCAAAGAGGAAAUGCCAGAAAGAGGAAAACACAGGGUGAGCAGACUGGCCCUGACAAGAAGAAACGUUAUCGAGGCCCGACAAAGUGGACAUAUAAUACUACAUCCUUUGAAGACGACAACCAUGUGCAGAACACUGACAAUAAACCUGCAGGUUUUGGCUUCACCAAAGAAAUGAUACAUAACCAUAGUGAUAAAGCUGGCCACAAUAACAUGUAUCACAGAGGUCAGAAUUACAAAGCUAGAAAUAACCAUAAUGUGAGCAAGCAACUGCAGAAGAAGAGGACAGAGGAGAACAAACAUCAGCAUCAACAGAAGGAUAAAUGGAGACAUACCAAUAGAGGUGGACGUCAUCAAACUGGAGCCACUGCAAGGAAAGGUGGAGGAGACAGUCAGCGUAGAGAUGGCAAGCAGGAUGUUCAAGUGAAACGCCCAAGAUUCAUGACAGAUGAGUUCAAGGACAUGAAUGCGCUGGUGACGACUGCCAACUGGAGCACAUUCAGGGUCACAAUGAUCUCAUCAAAGAAGCUUGCAAAUUCUACAUCCAAGGAUUCUGUAUGA